AUGGUAGUUAGGUCACUUGAUGUAGAAAGAGAUCCUUUUCCACCUAGAGAAGAACAUGAAGAGCUCCUUCGUCCAGAAGUACCAUAUCUUAGUGCAAUAGGAGCAUUGAUGUAUCUUCCUAAUUGUACAAGACCUGAUAUAGCUUUCUCUGUCAUUUUUUUAGCAAGAUUUAGUUCUGCUCCAACAUAUAGACAUUGGAAAGGGAUUAAGCACAUACUCCGCUAUCUCCAGGGUACUAUUGAUAAAGGAUUAUUCUAUUCUAAUAAUUGUGGGUCACAACUUAUUGGCUACGCAGAUCCAGGAUAUUUAUCUGAUCCACAUAAAGCCAGAUGUCAAACUGGCUAUUUGUUCACUUGCGGUGACGCUGCUAUAUCCUGGCGGUCAACAAAGCAAACUCUGGUGGCUACUUCCUCAAAUCAUGCUGAGAUACUUGCAAUUCACGAGGCAAGUCGAGAAUGUGUUUGGUUAAGAUCAAUGACACAACAUAUUCGAUAA